UCUUCGGACAGAAUGUUUUAUUAAAACGUUAUAGCUAUUGGUUAGUUUGAUCUUAACUAGCCAAUCUUGAAUUUUGUCAAAUUGGCGCCAGGUUUUUAACAAGGAAGGUCUGACAUAGAGCGAGUUCGCAUACCGUAUCAUUUCGCGUUUUUUGUUUCCCGGGUAGUGCAGAAAGUAAUUUUUAUUUUAGCAGAAUAUUUGGCUGAGGAACCAUUGCAAAAUGUUUCUUAUAGACAUCCGCAAAGAGUUUUACGACGUCGUUGUGAACCAGAGAGUCGCUCUCUUUGUGUCUUCCGACGUUGACGCAUUGUGUGCUUGCAAAAUAUUGCAAGCCCUGUUUCACUGCGAUCACGUUCAGUAUACCUUGGUGCCAGUUACCGGCUGGCAGGACUUGGGAACGGCCUUCCUAGAACAUAAGGAGCAGUUCCGAUAUUUUGUAUUGAUAAAUUGCGGGGCUAACGUGGACCUUUUGGAGACUCUACAACCAGAGGAAGAUACGAUCUUCUUCAUCUGUGACACGCACAGACCCGUGGAUGUAGUUAACAUCUAUAACGAUACUCAGAUCAAACUACUCAUCAAGCAGGAUGAUGACCUUGGGAUCCCAGCAUAUGAUGAUAUCUUCCGUGAUGAGGAGGAGGACGCUGAGGACUCUGGUAAUGAGAGUGACAGCAACUCUGAGCCCUCAGGGAAACGGACACGUUUCGAUGAGGGAGCUGUGGAAAGGAGAAUUGAGCGCCAAAGGGCAAGGAGGGAGUGGGAAGCACGCAGGAGGGAAAUUCUGUUUGAUUACGAACAGUAUGAGUACCAUGGAACUUCGUCUGCAAUGGUUUUAUUUGAGCUGUCAUGGGUCAUGACUAAGGACACAAAGGACAUGCUGUGGUGGGCCGUCAUUGGAUUGGCAGAUCAGUGGGUCCAUGAUAAAAUCACUCAUAUGAAGUAUGUGACAGAUAUUGCCACACUACAGCGUCACGUCUCUAGACACAGCCACCACAAUGAAGAUGAGGAGAAUUCUCUGUCUAUAGACUGCAUGCGGAUCUGCUUCGAGUACGAUCUGCGGCUGUCCCUCUAUCAGCACUGGUCUCUCUAUGAGAGCAUCUGCAACUCCUGUUACACUACUUCCAGUUUCAAGCUGUGGUCCAUGCAUGGGCAGAAAAAACUCCAGGAGUUCCUUGCUGAUAUGGGUCUUCCUCUAAAGCAAGUGAGACAGAAAUUCAAUUCGAUGGAUAUCUCCAUCAAAGAGAACCUGAGGGAUGUCAUAGAAGAAUCCUCUAAUAAAUAUGGCAUGAAGGACAUCCGCAUUCAGACAUUUAGUGUCCACUUCGGCUUCAAGAACAAAUUCCUGGCAGGUGAUGUGGUGCAUGCUGCCGCCGCCCUGCUCGAAAAUGUGGAGAAGGAGGAGAACCCCAGUGAUAACUUCAUCCGGGCGCUUGACAGCCUUUCCAGGAGCAAGUUGGACCAGCUGCACUGUGGUAUUGAGCUGGCCAAGAAGAAGCUCAUAGCCAUUCAGCAGACAGUGGCCAGCUGCAUUUGCACCAACCUCAUUCUGUCUCAGGGCCCCUUUCUCUACUGCUGCCUCAUGGAGGGAACCCCGGAUGUAAAGCUGUUCUCCAAGCCCCUGUCCCUAACACUGCUUUGCAAGUACCUGCUAAAAUCCUUUGUUCAUUCAACCAGGAACAAGCGCUGCAAGCUGCUCCCACUCAUCAUGGCAGCCCCAAUGGACGUGGAGAAGGGCACGGUUAUUGUACUGGGGAUCCCACCAGAGUCUGAGACAUCUGACAAAAAGAAUUUUUUUGGGAGGGCUUUUGAGAAGGCUGCAGAGAGCACUGGCUCCAGAACACUGCAUGACAACUUUGACACAUUCGUUAUCGAGCUGAAGACUGAGGACAGAAGCAAGUUUCUGGAUGCACUCAUUACCUUGCUGUCUUGAGGGGUCAAUCUGGCCCAGUUACCUUGUGUCGUUUUUGUGUGGUUUGUUUUUAUACAUUUUUUAAUUGUCUUAUAUUUUCAGUGUAAAUAGUUGUUGAAUAUGCACAUAGUACUUGCAUUAAAUAAAUUUUUUAACAAAC